GGAGGUAUGGAAGAAACACGGGAACAGCCUUUCUCAGGACAUCUUUUGUUUCUCCCACUAGCUCUGAAAUCACAUGAAGCUGUGGAUGGAGAUUCACCUGAUAGUUGCAGAAACCCCUCCCAGCCCAGGGACCAUGAGUAACCAGACACUGGUAACCGAGUUCUCCCUGCAUGGCUUUUCAGAGCAUCCAGAAUACCGCGUGCUCUUUUUCAGCUGUUUCCUCUUCCUCUACUCUGGGACUCUCACAGGUAAUGUUCUCAUCAUCUUAGCCAUCACCUUCAACCCUGGGCUCCACACCCCUAUGUACUUUUUCCUGUUCAAUUUGGCUACUAUGGACAUGAUCUGCACCUCUUCUAUCAUGCCCAAGGCGCUGGCGGGUCUGGUGCUGGAGGAGGGCGCCAUCUCUUAUGUGGGCUGCAUGACGCAGCUCUAUUUCCUCACGUGGGCUGCAUUCUCAGAGCUGCUCCUCCUCACGAUCAUGGACUAUGACCAGUACGCAGCCAUCUGCCAGCCACUGCAUUACAGCAGCAUGAUGAGCGAGGCAUUCUGCAGUGGGCUGGCUGCAGCUGUGUGGCUGCUCUGCUCUGUCAACACGGCCAUCCACACUGGGCUGAUGCUGCGCUUGGAUUUCUGUGGUCCCAAUGUCAUUACCCAUUUCUUCUGCGAGGUCCCUGCACUGCUGCUUCUCUCCUGCAGCUCUACCUAUGUGAACAGUGUCAUGAUUGUCCUGGCGGACGCUUUCUAUGUCAUAGUGAACUUCCUGACGACCAUCGCGUCCUAUGGCCUCAUCAUCUCCAGCAUCCUCAAGGUGCGGACUGUAGGGGGAAGGCAGAAAGCCUUCUCCACCUGCUCUUCCCACCUCACCGUGGUGUGCAUGUAUUACACCGCUGUCUUCUAUGCCUACGUAAGCCCAGUCUCCGGCUACAGCGCCGGGAAGAGCAAGUUGGCCAGCCUGCUGUACACCGUGCUGAGUCCUACCCUCAACCCCUCAUCUAUACCUUGAGCAACAAGGAGGUCAAAGCAGCCCUCAGGAAGCUUUUCCCAUUCUUCAGUAAUUAAAUUCUAUCUUCUGAAGUUCAUAUUCUUGGAGAUUGCGGUUUAGUGAAGUCUGAUGAACAAGUUUCUGGACU